CAUCUCUGCUCAUCCCAUCUCACUCCCCCCCCCUCCCCUCCCCAGCCCCAUCUGUCCAUCCAUCCAUUCUCACUCCCUGCCUGGCACAAGGGGGUUAUGGCUGCUGAGGAGGUGCUGCAGACAGUGGAGGAAUACAAGGCUGAGAUUGAGAGGCUGACCAAGGAGCUGAGUGAGACCACCCAGGAGAAGAUCCAGGCUGCUGAGUAUGGGCUGGUGGUGCUGGAGGAGAAGCUGUCCCUGAAGCAGCAGUAUGAUGACCUGGAGGCUGAGUAUGACAACCUCAAGCAGGAACUGGAACAGCUCAAGGAGGCUUUUGGACAGUCAUUCACCAUCCACCGCAAAGUUGCAGAAGAUGGCGAAACUCGAGAGGAGACUCUCUUGCAGGAGUCGGCAUCUAAAGAGGCUUAUUACCUGGGGAGGAUCCUGGAGAUGCAGAACGAGGUUAAGCAGAGUCGGGCGGUUGUCACCAAUGUCCAAGGAGAGAAUGCACGCCUAAACACUGUUGUCCAAGACUUGAAGGAAAGUAAUGAAAUUCUGGAACUGCAAAGGAUGCGAAUGAAAGAUGAAAUUCGGGAAUACAAGUUCCGGGAAGCCAGACUUCUUCAGGAUUACACUGAGCUUGAAGAGGAGAAUAUCACUUUACAGAAACUGGUGUCUACCCUGAAACAAAAUCAGGUUGAAUAUGAAGGUUUGAAACACGAGAUUAAACGACUCGAAGAGGACACUGUGUUACUCAAUAGUCAACUGGAAGAUGCCAUUCGAUUGAAAGAGAUUUCUGACCAUCAACUCGAAGAAGCUCUGGAGACUUUAAAGAAUGAGAGGGAACAAAAGAACUGUUUGAGAAAAGAGCUUUCUCAGUAUAUUAAUAUUAACGAUAGCAUGUAUAAUAACCAUAUUAACAUAGCAGUAGAUGGGCUCAAGUUUUCAGAGGACAGCAAUGAGUCCAACAAUGAAGAUAAGAUGAAUGGUCAUGUACAUCCCCCCAUCGUCAAGCUAAAUGGUGAUUAUCGGACUCAGGCCGCGAGGAAGGGAGAUUCGAUGCAUCCCGUCUCAGAUCUUUUCAGUGAGUUGAAUAUUUCUGAGAUGCAGAAACUUAAACAGCAACUUAUUCAGGUGGAACGAGAAAAAUCUAUACUGCUGACUAAUCUUCAAGAGUCACAGACUCAACUAGAACAUACUAAAGGAGCCUUAACGGAGCAACAUGAGCGUGUCCAUAGACUCACAGAACACGUGAAUGCAAUGAGGAGGCUACAUAGUAGCAAAGAACUGCAAUCUGACAAGGCUAAGGUCUCUAGUGAGGAGACCCAUGACUAUGAGGUUGACAUCAAUGGCCUGGAGAUUCUAGAAUGUAAAUACAAAGUAGCUGUUACAGAGGUCAUUGAUCUCAAAGCUGAACUCAAAGCCUUAAAAGAAAAAUAUAAUAAACAUAUAGAGAACUAUACUGAGGAAAAGACCAAACUGGACUCAAGGAUACAGACGUACGAUGAACAGGUGAUGGGUCUAGAAAGAGCCAGCAAAGAGAGCAGUGAGAAGCUCAUCCUGUUGGAAAAGGAACUUCAUAUAAUGACCGCGAUAGCAAAUGAAACCCAUAAUACGCUUAAUACUGCUCAGGAUGAGCUGGUUACAUUCAGUGAAGAAUUGGCUCAGUUAUAUCAUCAUGUUUGCUUGUGCAACAAUGAAACCCCAAAUAGGGUAAUGUUGGACUACUAUAGACAAAGCAAAGUGACUCGGAGUGGAAGCUUGAAGGGUCCUGAUGACCCCAGAGGGCUUUUAUCACCAAGGCUGGCAAGGAGGGGUAUAGCUUCUCCUGUAGAGCUAAGGAGUCCAUGUGAGCCAGUUGCAAAAGAAAGUACAGAGUCAAGCAAAGAGCCAACUCCUCUACAGUCUGCUACUGUAUCCCCUGUUAUCACAGCCCCUCCAUCCUCCCCAGUGUCAGACUCCAGUGACAUCCGUAAAGAACCAAUGAACAUUUACAACCUCAAUGCCAUAAUCAGGGAUCAAAUCAAACACUUGCAGAAGGCGGUGGACAGGUCCUUGCAGCUGUCACGCCAACGAGCUGCAGCCAGAGAGCUGGUGCCUAUGAUUGAUAAAGACAAGGAAGCCUUAUUGGAGGAGAUUCUCAAGCUGAAGUCUCUACUGAGUACCAAACGGGAACAGAUUGCCACCCUUAGAGCUGUUUUAAAAGCCAACAAACAGACCGCUGAAGUUGCUCUUGCCAACCUGAAGAACAAAUAUGAGAAUGAAAAAACCAUGGUAACUGAAACCAUGACAAAACUGCGCAAUGAGCUCAAGGCUCUUAAAGAGGACGCAGCUACCUUCUCGUCACUCCGAGCCAUGUUUGCCACCAGAUGCGACGAGUAUGUAACACAGUUGGACGAGAUGCAGAGGCAACUGGCAGCGGCAGAGGACGAGAAGAAGACUUUGAACUCUUUGUUGCGGAUGGCCAUCCAGCAGAAACUGGCGCUCACCCAGAGGCUGGAAGAUCUGGAGUUUGACAACGAGCAGUCUUGGCGUACCAAAGGCAAGCUUGGAAAGACCAAGAUCGGCAGCCCCAAACAAAUUCCAGCUCCAGGUGCGAGAAUUCCACUUCCAACGUAUUGCAAUAGAUUCCCGUUUCAAGCAGCACAGGAAAGAUCACCACUCAGGUCCUCAACAACUUCAACCCCACCAAAUGUCUCAAGCCCAGAGAAGACUUCUUCUCUCCUUUUCCACCAGCCGCCUGUUGUGAGGAGCAAAGGACUUCAUAGCACUCAGUUCAGCAGCUCUUCUCCACUCCAUGCUUCCAGCCAAAGUUUUUUAUACACCUCCUCAGACGCUUCUAGUUCCAGGCAACAGGAAAACAUCUUCCGUUUUACACCACCAACCUCUCCUUCGUCCAGCACCAGAGACCCUCACUCUGUAACUGCCAUGGCUCUGUGUUCCAGACAAAAAGGUAACACUCUUGGGGCAGUUUCUCCCAGAUAUAGGUGGCACCAAACUAACUAUGGUGUGAAUGAAAUCAACCCUGUAUCCUACCAUCAGCCAACAAGGGUUCUCUAUUCAAGGUCACUAGGAAGUCCCAGUUACACCGGCAACACUGGUUUUACCAAAAUAAAUUAUAGCCCAGAAAACAUCCAAUAAAAAAAUAUUACAUUGACACCUUAGCAAUCCCAGAAUGGGUUCAUCCCUUAUUCACAAGAUCUCUGUGCAGAUUGUGUCCUUUUAAGAAGGUUUUAUGGUAAAUUAUGUUCUAUAACCUGUACUUGAUGUGAUGGAGCUGGAGUCUGCUCAAAACAUGUGAAUGUGACAGAUUUUUCAGGGCAACAUGUUCUAAGCAAUUGACGGACAGUGAGCAUCACUUUGAUUCAUGGAAAAAAAAGGAAAUGUAAAUGUCAGUUUAGAAUGGACAAUGUAAUGAGAGAUGUACACAUCUUAAGCACAGGUUUUCAAAACAUUCCUUAACAUUUGAAUGGUUUUGCCAAAGUGGCCUUUAAAUUGUGUGUUAUUAACAACUGCAUUUCUGACAUAAGUUAUUUUAUCAAAGUAAAAUUGUUUAUAUGCAUGCUAUAUCCAUGGGGCCUGACCAGUUGCUAGAAUGUUAUGUAUUUAUUUUUUAAAUGUUCUCUGAUGCCUCGAGAGUUGUACCAGACAGUUACACGAGCUCUGAUCCUGGGACAGACAGUUCUGCUAAAUAACCAUAUUUCAGAAAAAUUAUUAACAGCCCAAAAGAUACAAAUACGGAAAGCCUGAUUAUUUUGGGAAUAUCUUGGAAUUCUGCCAUGACCGGUUCUAAAACCAGAUAGUCUGGACUUUUCAGUAAUGUACUAUAUCACA